UUCAGAAAAACUCUCAAAUGAUGAGUGACUAUAUAAAUAUGGAACAAACAUUAACGCAAUAUGCCAUAGAAAUCUGCAAGAGAGAGAGAACAUCAAAGAUUCUUUGCAUAAUACUCAGAAGCAUAAAUUUGAAAGGCAGAGCUGGAGGAUGAUGAUGAUGAUGGGUGAGCAUUUUGGUUGGGGCAAAGUAGCAGCAGAAGGAUGGAGAAAAGGGCCUUGGACUGCUGAAGAAGAUAGGCUGCUUAUGGAAUAUGUGAGAGUUCAUGGUGAAGGAAGGUGGAACUCCGUGGCUCACCUUGCAGGAUUAAGAAGGAAUGGGAAGAGUUGUAGGCUGCGAUGGGUAAACUACCUGAGGCCGGACCUAAAGAGAGGACAGAUAACCCCACAUGAAGAGAGCAUAAUUCUAGAGCUUCAUGCUAGAUGGGGUAACAGGUGGUCUACCAUUGCUAGAAGUUUGCCAGGAAGAACUGAUAACGAAAUCAAGAACUAUUGGAGGACCCAUUUCAAGAAAAAAGCAAAAGUAACUUCCAGCCGCAACGAAAAGCCUAAUGCUCGUUUUCUAAGAAAGCAUCAAUAUCAUCAACAGCAGCAGCAACAACAACAGUAUUGGGAACUCUUACGACAACAACAACAUCGAGAACUCCUAAGACAGCAGCAGCAACUGAACCGACAACCUGCUAUGAAAGCUGAACCUAUAAACAAUUCUCAGCCUCAAAUAAGGCAAGAAUCUUGUACUUGCAUAAUCAGUAGCUUCAAUCCCCAAAUAGAUCAUGACCAGCCAGGAAGCCUCUUGUUGUCUCUGCCUGAGGCAAUUUCGAUGGAGGACCAUCAAUUAUGGGAUGGAUUGCUGUGGAAUUUUGAGGAUUUUCACACCAAUCUCACACCAAAUUCUGCAUUUGGCAAAGCUAAUGUACACAAUCUAGUCGCACCCUUUUGUUAAAUAUUUAUAAAAAGAUAAUUAUGUUAACUUCGUGGAGUCUUCACUGUAAAAGUGCUGGAACGUGGUCCAAAUCUCACCUUAAAACUCUAUUUUGUGAACUAUUAUAUGCAAAUACACGAUAAGCUUAGUUAUGAUGUAUGCUUCUGGGUAAUAAAUAGGGCGACAUUUUUUUUUUAUCUAAUG